GCCCUGGGCGCUCGGCAAAUGCAGGGAUCACUUGUUAUAAAGAGUUAUGGUUUGAAAUUGUUGUCGUGUAGCAAAUGCGAUGCCCAUAUCAGGCUUGCCCGGGAACCACAUCAAUACCUACGAUCGACUUGCGCAAGGCUGAGGAUCCCUCCAGCCGCCCAGAGUCCUUGGAGGAGAUACGACAUGCCUUGAUCGAUGUUGGCUUUCUAUAUCUUUCCAAUCAUGGGGUAGACGAAGCGAUCAUCCAGGACCUGGGGUCGAUUCUCCCAAAGCUAUUUACGUUACCUGAGAAGGCAAAGGAAUCGGUGGCAAUGGUACAGUCUCCGCAUUUUCUAGGAUACAGCAGAUUUGGCGCCGAGGUCACUGCUCGAGUCCAGGACCAGAGGGAACAGUUCGAAUAUGCGACUGAAUUGCCUGACAAGCACGGCCUCAAUCCGACUCUGCCUCUGUAUAACCGGUUGCAAGGUCCCAAUCAGUGGCUAGAGACAGAUGCUAUUCCGCGAUUUCGAGAGAUAGUGUCAGCGUACAUUGCAGCCAUGCAACAUUUAGCACUUCGAUUUCUUACAGUGGUCACGGAAGCUCUGGGCUUGCCGCCUCGCAGCCUCAGUCCCUUCACUGGACCACAACAUCGCCUCAAGCUGGCACAUUACCGACCCUCGCCGGAUGCCACUCUCGACGCCCAGUCCCAAGGCGUCGGCCCGCACAAAGACAGUUCUGGAUGGAUGACGUUUCUUCUUCAGGCCUCGGAACCGAGCAUCAAGGGGCUCCAAGCUCUUUCAAAGGACGGCGUCUGGCUCGAUGUGCCUCCCGUUCCCGGCACAUUCGUCGUCAAUAUGGGUCAGGCGUUUGAAGUAGUCACAAAUGGGGUAUGCAAGGCCACAACGCACCGCGUCCUCCUGCCCCCAGGCGACUAUGACAGGUAUAGUGUGCCAUUUUUCCAGGGAGUUCAACCGGAAUUGACCAAAGAAGACCUGAAAACACUGUGGGAGCACUUUGACGACAAGAAGUGGAACACAAGAGAAUCAGAAGAGGGCCAACGAAUCGACAGCCCUUUCUUGCGUGGAAAUUAUGAUACUUGGGGAGAAGCGCAACUGCGGACCAAGAUUCGAAGUCAUAGAGACGUCGGACAGAGGCAUUAUCCUGAAGUGUUUGACAAGUACAUCAACGAUGAUUGAAAAUGUUACAGAACUUUUGGCCAUAACCUCUUGUUGCAUGCUCCGCCAUCCCUUGAUUUAUUCCACCACGACGUCCUGGCUGGUAUCCAAUUCUUCAUACCUUCUCAGAUCCAUUUCACCCUCCAAUAAGGGCUUCACGUAAGGAUCAAAGGUCUUCCAGUAUGGGUUUUCUAGGUGGUAUUUCUGGCUGCUCUCUUUUUCGUACCGCUCAACGAUAGUGAAAUCCCGCUCGUCAUGGACUGACUGCAUGACAAACCAAGAUAGCGUCUCUUUGUCCUUGGAGUACACGCGGGAGGCUUCGAUCAGCUUAUUUUUGAGCUUCCGGAUUACAGCUGGGUCGGAGGAUUUUGCGCGCAUGUGCACGACAAUUGUGUAGACCAUGUUGACGAAUUAGGCUUCGCAGACCUGGCUUCGUGUAGUAGUGAUGCUGACGGACCCUGGUGGUUUUUUGAGAGGCAGAGACAGGGAAAGAAUGUAGAAGGUGUGCAAGAAUGGCG